AUGCACGUCGACGUCUCCCCCAGCGAGGUAUCUUCCUCCAUCAUUUGGAUCGCUUUAUUCUGUUUUCUUCCUCUGCUGAUCCUUGUUCGUCGCCAAUUUGCAAACCCGCGUCCCCGAGGAUGUCGCCGGUUGGGUCUGUCGCCAGGCCAGAGCAAUCUGCGUGAUGAAUUUGAUCCCAAGUAUGCCGAGGGCGUACCCAGCGUCCACGACAACGGCCGAGCCUGGCGCGUCAAGGCGUUGUUUACGUACCCACUAAAAUCGUGUGGCGGGAUUGAACUGCAGGCGUCGGAUGUUGUCCCGACUGGGCUCGCAUUCGACCGCCAAUUCGUCUUUGCCGAGCACGGCGCCGACGGAUGGACCUGUCGGACACUGCGCAAUGCUGGGUUCAACCGCAUGGCCCUGAUCCAACCAGAGAUCUGGGUGCCUGACCCAUCUGCCCCCGACUACGAUGUGGCUCUGCCCGAGGUGCAGUCACAGGGCGUCAUGGUGGUCUCGUACCCUCGUCUCCCACCAGCUAGAUGGAUUGGAUGGUGCGUGCGACUCGGCAUGGCGCUCGGUGUACUACAGCGCCGACACCAGUUUAACCUGCCACUCCGUGCCGACUCGGAGUGCCGACUAGUGUCAGUCCGGAUCUGGAAAGACAAGCCUCUAGCUUACGACUACGGCGCGAAGCUGCCGGCCUCUCUGCACGCCUACCUAGGAUCCGACCCAACAAAUACACAAUUGACACUCUUCCGUGCAAGUUCACGCCAUUCGCGCGAGAUCUUCCGCAACGCGCCUCGCAAAGCCAGCCUGGGGUUCCAACCCAACACAGCCUUUGCCGACGCCUACCCGAUUCACCUGCUCAACCUGACCAGCCACCGCGACGUGGCAGCCCGGUGCGCGUACGCGAUCCCGCGGCUGAGUAUCCGCCGUUUCCGCGCCAAUAUCAUUAUCCAGGGCCCCGCCGCAUUCGCCGAGGAUCAUUGGAAGCGCAUUGCGGUUACCGGUACUGAGAUCUAUGCUGCGUGCCGUGCCGUCCGGUGCCGUCUACCCAAUGUGGAUCCGCUCACGGGCGAACGCCAUCCUGCUGAGCCGGACCGCGCGCUGAAGGCGUAUCGGCGCAUCGAUGAUGGAGAUCGCACUAAUGCGUGUCUGGGGUUGCAGCUCGUGCCAGCUCGAGAGGAGUUUCGGGUUUGCGUGGGGGAUGUUGUUCGGGUCCUGGAGACGGGCGAGCAUCGCUAUAUCAAGAUGUUGGCGCCUGGGGAGCGCGUUGAGGGGGUCUAG